ACGACCUUGUAAGCAAGCUGUAGUGUGCGUGUAGGGCCGCUGGAGGAUUAUCUCCACAACACCGCACACAUCAAAGGCGUUUUAUUUCGGGCCAUCGGGUGUAACCCUGCAGCUCUGUGGAGCGCGAUGGCGAGGCGCAGGGGAAAGAGCAGCAGUAAACAGGACGAUAGCUGGUUACCUUUAGAGGCACCGGCUGGACAGUCGUCCCGAAGUUUUAACGAGUAUGUCAUCCCGGGUGUUUUAUUGCUUAUCAUCGCUAUCGGCGGGUCAGGGCUCGGCUGGAUCUGUAGCGAUCACGAACAGACGAUCAAGAGUCUGUCGGAAACGCUGGCGUCCAUGCAGGCGAGAAUAACGAAGCUGCAGCAGCAGUUAGGGCCUGAUAAAGCGCAGCUUGCCUAUGUGGGUGGCUUUGAAGAGCGCCUGGUGACUCUGGAAGAUGCCUAUGCCAAAGCACAGCAACAGGUCGAGCUCGCCCUCGCCACAUCCGAGCAAAUCAAGUCCAAAGACCUUCAAAGCAAAGUGUGGUCCCUGCAAACUGAGAUGAAUGACAAACUGGAAGAGCUCCAGCAAAACACCAUUUCCAUUGCUGCUCUGAAUGCCAUCAUUAAGAAUAAAAGUAUUGAGUUUGAGGUUGUGAAGCAGAGUGUCAACACCAUGUCGAGUCUUAAUGCAGAGCUAGCCAUCCAGAUUUCUGGGUUUUCUAGCAUGCUUUCAGUCACCAAGUUGCGUUUGGAUGAGCAGAUCUCUGUUGUGGAUGGUCUGAUGUCUCAGUUAGAGGGUCAAAAUAGGGAGAUCAAGGAAAUAAAAGAGUUAUUUGCCAGCAACCAGGAAUCACUUGUUACAAACAAACAGCAGAUUAUGGAUAUCAAAGAGCUGCUAGAAACUGAGCAAAUUAAGCGGACACAAAAUCUUGAGAAGCAGCUGAGGUCUCUGUAUAAACGUCUGGAAGAUCAUCAGACGAAUUCAGAGAGUCUUCAAUUCCACUUUGCAGCCCAGCUUGAGGAUUUACAGAUCCAGUUUCUGGAAUCCAGCAGAGCUGAACAGGAUGAUCAGGUUGAGGAACAGGUCACCACAUCAGACAACAACGAUAGAGCACCUGAAAAGGAGUUGGAAAAUACCAAAGAAGAAGAAUUUGCAGAAAAGGAAGAUAUUAGAGAGGAAGAUGGAUCAAAAGAAGAGGGCGAAUUUAUUAGGGAGCAAGCAGCUGUUGAAGAAAUUGAAGCAAGUGAAUGGCCUGGAGAGGAACUGGACAUCGAAAUUGAGGAGGCUGUUGCUGAAGAACAAAAAGAGGUGGAUAUUACAGAAGAGAUACAGACUUUACAGGAGGCUCACAUGGUCAUGAAUGAAAUAGAGGAGACUGUUGUAGAUGAGCUCCAGACAGCUUUGGACGAUUCAGACCAUGUGACUCUUGAAACAGGGGAGAUUAUGUAUGAGAAAAUGGAGGUACCUGUUGGAGAAGAGAUUCAAAUUCAUUCAGAUAAGGCAAACAUGGUCACUAGUGGAACAGAGAAGCAAAUAGAGGUGCCAGAUGCAGAAGAGAUGCAGGCUCCUUUAGAAGAUUCAAGCUUCACCACUACUGCAACAGAGGAAGCUGCUGUGGAGAAGCAAGUAGAAUUGAACCCAGCACAGGAAACGCAGACAGGUUCAGAAGACACAGACACGCUCUCAAAUAUAAUCAAUGAGGUUAUUAGUGAGGAACACACUGAACAUACUGCAGAAGAAAUCCACAAUGUUUCAAAUGAGAUAUCAACUGCAGAAAUUAAGACCCAUGAAGAUGGUAAUGCAGAGCAAGAAUUUGGGACUGCUGUGGAGGAGAUUCAGAUUCCUUCAGAUGAGACAGGCAUUGCCACAAAUGGGAAUGUAGACAAUCAACUGAGAGACAUUACCCAAGCUGAGAUUGAGCAAGAAGCAAUGGAGGAGCUUACAGCAGUGUCUGCCAAGGAAUCGGUUGUCUCUGAAAAAUCAGUAAAAGAAGUGUAAUGGCUGAAGGAAGAACAUGGCUAAAGGAAAACUGUAACAGCAUAUGAACUAUUUCUCAUGAGUUUCUCACUUUAAGUUUAAGGACUCUUUGUAUGAAAGUAUGAGUUCUUACUAUACUCUUAGAAAAUUUGGAGCCAUUAAGGGUUCUUUGGCCUCUGAAAAAGGUUUUUAUAGAACCUUACAACAGUGAUUUUCUAGCUGAUUAUUCUAUCUAAUUAUCAAUUGUCCAAUGAACCUUUAAGUUUUAAGAACCUCUUUUUUCUAAGAGUGUAGUUUCCAUUGAUAUUAAAAAAAAAAAAAAAAAAAAAAAAUUACUGCAUGAGUGUUAUUGUACAGUCCUUUAAUCUCACUUUUGUCUGAUUGAAAGUCAACACUAAAUGAAGCAUCCAAACUGUAUUAUCCUUGUGGGGUGUUAUUGUUAUUUUUUAAUUCUGUCUCCUAAAAUGAGAAAAUGCAGUUUUCUAACCAACAAGGUUGUUUCACCUCACACAUGCUAUACAUUUUUAAUUGUUUAACAUUUUCAUCCAGAUGUUCCUUUCCAACACUAGCCUUUUUAAAUAAACUAGAUUUUACAUUUUA